CUGGUAUCUAUUAUUAAUUAUGUAAAUGUAAAUGUAAAUCCUUUUGUUGAAAGUUGAAACAAUAUGAAUUUGUUGUGUAGAUAAAAUCAUACUAUGGAAUCUCAAGGAAUCUUUUAAUUAAAUUCAAAGAUGAUACGAUUAAUCCACCCUACCUUAGGUGCUUAGCUCAGAGUCUGCCAUUUGUUCAAUGCUGUAUAUGUCAAUUCGUUCACUCCCUGGUGAUCAUGGACUUCCUUUACAACAGCCAGAUGUCUCACUGGGAUUGGUGGAUGUUGUAAACAAGGGUGGAGAGCUAUUUGCAAAUUUAACUGCACCAUGUGAAGCAGUUGCUAAAGAAGUAGCUGCCAAGCUAUCAAGUGCAUGGAAAUGCAUAGAAAUUGAUGGUAAAACACAUGCGAACAUCACCAAAUGUUGUAAAAUACAAGUGAUACCAAAGCAGGGAACACGACAGAUUUUGGAUACUUCGGGAUCACAAAUCUCACUUCUCAACAUUACCACCAUACUACAAUCCUAUUGUUGCAUCUGGUCCUGCCCCUCGCCCUUAUAUGUGGGGACCUCCAUAGGUAUAACAUGCAAACAAUUAUCUCCAUUCAUUCAGAUUUAUCAGGUUGACCUUUCUGUUGACUUUUUUGUACUUGCAAAAUCACAAAAUCAGCAUAUGAUGCCACCAUAUGCUGCUUUCUAUCCACAUGGAGGUGUUUAUGCACAUCCUAUAGUUCAUCUUGUAAGUCUUCAUGACCUUUCUAAGAUCAUCUUGUUUGUUGAUCAGUUGAGUAGCUGGCAAAUACCAACAGAUGUGACUGAGCAAAGAAAAAAGAAAGAGAGGUAUGGUGUGGAAGAUGGGAUUUCAUCGAUUGAAAUCAUGUUUUACAAUAGUCUUCCAACCAUUCUUGGCGUUUCUUAUAAUAGUUAUUGGAGAAUUCUCAAACAACAUGUUUCUCUCUUACAUUAUUUUUAUUUCAUUACUCUAUACGGUGGAGAUGAUGCUCUUGACCAAGCUACAAAGGAAGGGGGAGAUAGAGAUACAUUAACUGUUAUGGCGCCUAUUGCUAAAAAAGAAAAGAGAAAUAAAGCUUAUGAUGUGGACAUGAUAUCUGAAACAAGAAGGUGUCCCUUAAUAGCAAUGUAG